ACCGAAUCCUUUAUCUUAACCGUUACUUGAUUUUCUUCUCUUCCCAUUCUCCCUGUAGACUUUUUCAGAUUCAGUACAGUACAACAGCCAAGGACAAAAGAUUGGAUAUUGCUUCAUAAAUCAAUGGAAGCAACUGUCAUCCCAGGCACAACCACAAUCUGUGAUGAUCUAAAUCAAGAAUGUCCCAAGCUGCUGUCUCCUACAGCUGUGGAUCUUGUGGAUACCCUCCGAAUCUAACAUCUUCUACACGUGCAAUUUCUGGCAUAGGACCCGAAUACAAAAAAUCCAUUGCAAAAGGUCACAUACAAGGAGAUUCACACACUCCAUGCAUUUUUGACUCAAUGACCUCCUCUAGCUCAUGCAAAAACAUUAUGAUAAGGAUUCAAGCUUUGCAACCUUCAGAAGAGUGCUAGUGCUUUCAAAUGGAGAAUUGUUACGAAGAUUGUCUGACCUCUAUUAUGCAACUUCCUGAUGAUUGCUUGUAUUUUAUUUUUCACUGGCUUGACUCUGCCUCUGAUCGGGAAUCUUUUGGAUUAACUUGUCAUCGAUGGCUUCAGAUUCAAAACUCAAGUCGUCGAAGAUUACAGUUCCAAUGCUCAUUCACUAAACUUGAUAUUCCCUCCAUAUCUCAAAGUAGCAUGAAAAUUGAUGCCUUUUAUCUACAUAGGUUGCUUAACCGCUUCCAGAAGCUGCACUAUUUGUCUCUAUCUGGUUGCAUUGAGAUGCCUGAUUUUGGUUUGAGACAGUUGCUAAAUUAUGGGUCCCAGCUUCAGACUCUUCAUUUACACUGUUGUUUUGGAAUAACUGAUCAUGGAAUUUCCUUGGUUGCCUCUGGAUGUCCUUCUUUGACAACUAUUAGUCUUUAUCGCUGCAAUGUUACUGAUAUUGGGUUAAAGACCUUAUCUGAAUCUUGCUUGGCCUUAAAAGAUGUGGAUCUGUCAUAUUGUUCACUUAUAUCUGACCAGGGUAUAAGAGCCCUUGCCAAGAAUUGCCGUCACCUUCGUGCUGUCUGUAUGACUAACUGUAGAAGUGUCACUGGUGUUGGCUUUAUGGGCUGUUCACAGAGUUUGACUUUUCUAGAGGCCAAUGGUUGUAAGCUAGAGCCAGGAGGAAUCAUGGCUAUUGUGAGUGGCGGUGGACUUGAAUAUUUGAAUCUUUCAUGCCUGUGGUGGUGCAUUGGUAGAGAUGGUUUGACAGCAAUUGGUGCUGGAUUUGCAACUAAGCUGAAGGUACUUGAUUUUCGAUCUUGCAGAACUAUUGGCGACAAUUCUAUCAUUGCAAUUGCAAAGGGAUGCCCUUUGCUCCAAGAAUGGAACCUGGCAUUAUGUCAUGAGAUCACGAGAGCUGGUUGGGAAGCAAUUGGUGUAAAUUGUCAUCACUUGGAGAAGCUUCAUGUCAAUCGUUGUCGUAAUUUAUGUGAUGAAGGAUUGCAGGCCUUGAGGUAUGGCUGCAAAAAACUCUCUGUUCUUUAUAUGAGUAUCAGUAAAUCCUGCAAUAUCAGUUCCACAGCGCUGGAGAUUUUCAGAUGUUCAAGAGGUAAUGUCAAAAUCCUAGAAGAAGAAGUAAUGUCUAUUGCUCCUGACUCUGCCUUCCAUAUAUGUUAAGCGCAGAUGAACCCUUUGGUUUGGUGAAUUCGAAAAGACACAUUGUAAAAUUGAAGUGUUUAGAAGCACAAGUGUUUUGUAAAAUUUAUACAAAACUUUUGGUAGCUUGCAUGUCA